AUGGGCUCCAAAAGGCUGCUAUUUGAUCUUAAUGAACCCGCUACUGAGGAUGAAGACGACAAUGAUGAUGUCUUCUGCUUCCAGCCUCAGAGAGCUGUUCCUUCUUCAAGUACUGCCACACCUGACUUGUUUGUGGCAUCAGCUGGUCCUCAAGGGAUAGUGAAUAACCAUGCGUUCUCCCAUGCUUCUUCUGUGUCGGGUUUCCAGCCUUUUGUUCGGCCUAAAAAUGCUCAGGGAUCUGAACUUUCUACUGAAAAAAAGAGUGCUGGGGACAUGCCUCCGUAUCUUGCCUUAACAUCUGAACCAAGUCAUGACAAAGAUAUAAAGGCUUCUCCAAAGCUGGAGUCAGCUUCUGCAGGUAAUCAAACUGUUGAGAAGGAGGAAGGGGAAUGGUCAGAUGCAGAGGGUUCUGCUGAUGCUUACAGGAGUGGUAUUGUGGAUGAAGAAUCAAUUUCUGGUAAUAGUAAAGAUUUACAGGAGAAAAUUUUGGUUGAGACGGUGGCAAAUAAUGACCUGGUUGUCAAUGCAGAGAAUGCCUCACUUAAUUCUGGUGAUGUUAAGAAUGAAAGUAUUAGCCUUUCGUCAGGACUGGAUCCAGAAACAAAUGGUAGGAAAGUUGAUGUAUUUAUGAAUGGCAAGGAAGAUACUCCUCAGGUGCCAAAACAAAGAGAAAUCAGAGGAGUCGAAGCAAAUCAUGCAUUGAAGUGUGCAAAUAAUCUUGGAAAGCGUCCUAAGUUUGAUCAGCAGAAGGAAGCGAUGCUAGGAAAGAAGCGCAGUAGGCAGACCAUGUUUCUCAAUUUAGAAGAUGUUAAGCAAGCUGGUACGUUGAAGGCAUCAACUCCUAGAAGGCAAAUUCCAGCACCUGUCAUAACCCGGACUGUGAAAGAAGGUCAACAUGUCCCACAAUCUGCUGAUCGCGGGGAUAAACAAUUUCAGCCCACAACCAAAGACUUGAAACAGGCUGAUUUAUCAAACAACGAAGGGAACAAUUCUCUGGAUGCUAAUGAUUCUAAAUCUGAAAGUAACGGUGAUAAUAUUUUAGGACCUCUAGGACGUUCGAGGAGGUUGAAUAAUUUGACAGAUGCCGUUGCAGAAGGGCAAACAGCACCCAUUUCUAGACAGAGUUCAUGGAAGCUUCCCACUGAUACAAGGCAACUUAAGAAUUCUCAGGUCCCUGGUAGGAAGCUAGCUGUAAGCGGUCAGAGUGCUACUGAUUCUAAAUUGGCAUCAAAGAAAUUGCCUUCCAAGAAACUAUCUGCAGUAAGUUCUCAGUAUCAAGAUACAUCAGUGGAACGCCUUUUACGUGAGGUGACAAAUGAGAAGUUUUGGCAUCAUCCAGAGGAGGAGGAGCUUCAACGUGUUCCUGGUCGCUUUGAAUCAGUGGAAGAGUAUGUCAGAGUAUUUGAACCUUUGCUCUUUGAGGAAUGCCGGGCACAACUUUUCAGUACUUGGGAGGAGUCAGCUGAAACAUUUUCAGGUCAUGUUAGGGUCAGCAUAAAAAUUAUUGAAAGACGGGAAAGAGGGUGGUUUGAUGUGAUACUUCUCCCACCACAUGAAUACAAAUGGACUUUCAAGGAAGGUGAUGUUGCUGUCCUUUCAUCGCCCAAGCCUGGAUCAGUCAAUUUUAAGAGGAACAGUUCGUCAGCACUUCAAGAUGAAGAUAGUCCUGAAGUUAAUGGUCGUGUUGCUGGCACAGUGAGGCGGCAUAUUCCUAUUGAUACACGCGAACAUCCUGGGGCAAUCCUUCAUUUUUAUGUUGGGGAUUCAUAUGAUUCCAACAGCAAAAUCGAGGACGAUCAUAUUGUGCAGAAACUCCAACCAGGGGGCAUCUGGUAUCUGACUGUGCUCGGUUCUCUUGCGACCACACAAAGAGAAUAUGUAGCUCUGCAUGCAUUUCGCCGUCUUAGUUUGCAGAUGCAAAAUGCAAUUCUUCAGCCUAGUCCAGAUCAAUUCCCUAAAUAUGAAGAGCAGCCACCUGCAAUGCCAGAAUGCUUUACUCCAAACUUUGUUGAACACCUACGCAGGACCUUUAAUGGACCCCAGCUAGGAGCAAUUCAGUGGGCUGCAAUGCAUACAGCAGCUGGUACAUCUAAUGGCAUCACAAAGAAGCAAGAUCCAUGGCCUUUUACUUUAGUUCAGGGGCCUCCCGGGACUGGUAAGACGCAUACAGUGUGGGGAAUGCUAAAUGUGAUCCAUCUUGUACAAUAUCAACAUUACUAUACUGCUUUGUUAAAGAAACUAGCACCUGAAAGCUAUAAGCAGGUGAAUGAGAGCAACUCUGAUACUGUAGCCAUUGGAUCCAUUGAUGAAGUUCUCCAAAGCAUGGAUCAGAAUCUCUUUCGCACUCUUCCGAAACUUUGCCCAAAACCUAGGAUGCUUGUCUGUGCUCCCUCAAAUGCUGCGACUGAUGAGCUGCUUUCACGUGUUCUGGAUCGUGGUUUUAUUGAUGGCGAGAUGAAAGUCUACCGGCCUGAUGUGGCUCGAGUUGGGGUAGAUUCACAGACACGUGCUGCCCAGGCAGUUUCCGUGGAACGCAGAACUGAACAACUUUUAAUGAAGAGUCGUGAUGAAGUUUAUGGAUGGAUGCACAGUUUGAGAGUUCGUGAAACUCAGUUGUCUCAGCAAAUUUCUUCCCUUCAAAGAGAACUCAAUGUUGCUGCUGCCACUGGUCGUUCACAAGGAUCAGUUGGUGUUGAUCCGGAUGUUCUAAUUGCAAGGGACCAAAAUCGAGAUGCUUUGCUUCAAAACCUUGCUGCAGUGGUUGAGAACAGAGACAAAAUACUAGUGGAAAUGUCCCGGCUGCUCAUUCUGGAAAGCAGGUUUCGUGGUGGUAGCAACUUCAACUUAGAGGAAGCCCGUGCAAGUCUGGAGGCAAGUUUUGCCAAUGAAGCUGAGAUUGUUUUCACUACUGUCUCAAGCAGUGGGCGCAAGUUGUUCUCUCGCCUAACUCAUGGUUUUGACAUGGUUGUGAUCGAUGAAGCAGCUCAAGCUAGUGAAGUUGCUGUACUGCCCCCUCUUUCCCUUGGUGCAGCACGUUGUGUUCUUGUGGGGGAUCCUCAGCAGCUUCCCGCUACUGUCAUCAGUAAGGCAGCUGGAACCUUGCUUUACAGUAGAAGCCUUUUCGAGAGGUUCCAGCAAGCAGGCUGUCCAACAAUGUUGUUAUCUGUUCAAUAUAGGAUGCAUCCACAAAUUAGGGAUUUUCCUUCUAGUUACUUCUAUCAAGGACGCCUUACAGAUAGUGAAAGUGUUGUCAAUCUUCCAGAAGAGAUAUAUUACAAAGAUCCUUUACUGAGGCCUUAUAUUUUUUAUGAUAUCACACACGGUCGAGAAUCUCAUCGGGGUGGCUCCGUCUCUUUUCAGAAUACACAAGAAGCACAGUUUUGUCUUCGUAUAUAUGAGCACCUUCAGAAAACUAUAAAAUCGCCAGGAGUCGGAAAAGUAUCUGUGGGUAUAAUCACUCCAUACAAGCUGCAACUAAAAUGCCUUCAACGGGAGUUCAAGGAUAUUUUAAAUUCGGAGGAAGGGAAAGACAUCUAUAUUAAUACUGUGGAUGCUUUCCAAGGCCAAGAACGUGAUGUGAUUAUUAUGUCUUGCGUUCGUGCAUCUAGUCAUGGAGUUGGAUUUGUCGCAGAUAUUCGGAGAAUGAAUGUUGCUCUUACUCGAGCAAGAAGAGCUCUUUGGGUCAUGGGAAAUGCCAAUGCACUGAUACAAUCUGAUGAUUGGGCUGCAUUAAUUGCUGAUGCCAAAGCACGGAAGUGUUACAUGGACAUGGAUUCUCUGCCUAAAGAUUUCUUUGUGCCAGAGUCUUCUACCCAUGGUCUCUUACCUCCCAAGAUAUCUAAUACAAGGGGCUUCAGAUCUGGACCAAGAUAUAGAUCAUAUGAUUCCCACAUGGAAUCCAGGUCAGGCACGCCGUCAGAAGACGACGAGAAGUCAAAUACAUCUUCAAGUUCUAGGAACGGUAGUCAUCGACACUUGAGGCCAGGAACAGAGAAUUGUUUGGAUGACUUUGAUCAAUCUAGUGAUAGAUCUCGAGAUGCCUGGCAAUAUGGCAUUUUAAAGAAGCCAAACACUGCCGGUAUCUUGGGAAAACGAGACUUGUAA